CCUUCAGAAACAGACGUUAGAUACUGUGCUGUAGCAGCAGCCGUUGUGCUGAAAUAUUUGGAAUGGUUUCAAGUUGACUGAAAAUAAGCUCACAGUCCAGUCUAACAGCUGUCUGCUUUGGGCAUAACUUGACCAGUGAAAGAGAAAGCCUCAGAGGAAACAUUACAGAAAGUUCUGCAGAGAGGGGGCAAAGAGUAUCACACCCUGAAAUCUGACAUACAAAGAAGGAAAAGGCUCAGCUCAGAAUCAAACAACAGGAGGUCAAAAAUUCAGUGUCUUGUAAGGAAAUGCCGUCAUUGGAAAAGGAACGAAAGAUAUCUCUUACAAACCUGAAAGGAAACUCGGCACAGUUUGUGAAGAAGCAGUGGGCUGCUACUGUCUCUGUGAUUACAGGAAAAUAAAUUAUAUUGAGGAUUGGAUUUUAAAAAACUCUUCUCUUCUGAACAGAUCUGAAUGCUCCAAAUGUAGAAAUGAUUUGGCAACUAACAUCUUACUGGACAUCCCUGGUCACACCCCUGAUUUUUGGUCUGGUUUUGCAGUCGUCAUUGACACAGCUUUCAAUCAUCACAAAGCCAAACAUUGUCCUUCUAAUGGCUGAUGACCUUGGUAUAGGAGAUGUGGGUUGCUAUGGGAAUAAUACUAUCAGGACCCCAAACAUUGAUCGCCUGGCAAAGGAAGGAGUGAAACUGACCCAACACAUUGCUGCAGCUCCACUUUGCACCCCCAGCAGAGCAGCUUUCCUCACUGGCAGAUACCCAGUUAGAUCAGGAAUGGAUGCUACAAACAAUUACCGUGUCAUUUUUUGGAAUGGUGGCUCAGGAGGGCUUCCGCCAAACGAAACCACUUUUGCCAAGAUACUGCAGCAGCAAGGCUACAGUACAGGACUGAUCGGAAAGUGGCAUCAAGGUGUUAACUGUGAGUCCCGCAACGACCAUUGUCAUCACCCUUUAAAUCAUGGGUUUGACUACUUUUAUGGGAUGCCUUUUACGCUAAUAAGUGACUGCCAACCAACAGAAACACCAGAGAUGGACAGAGGCUUUAGAAGGAAGCUCUGGCUUUACACUCAGAUGAUCUGCCUCCUUACACUCACCGCUGCCCUGGGAAGACUGACCGGCUUGAUUUCAGUUCGCUGGAAAACGCUGACCUGCCUUGCUGGGUUUAGUCUUCUGUUCUUUGUGUCCUGGUUCUCAAGUUAUGGGUUUGUACGCUACUGGAACUGCAUUAUGAUGAGAAACCAUGAUGUUACUGAGCAGCCAAUGGUGACAGACAGGACUACUUCCCUUAUCUUGAGAGAGUCCAUUUCAUUUAUUGAAAGAAAUAGAAACAAACCAUUCCUCCUCUUUCUUUCCUUUUUACACUCCCACACCCCUCUCCUCACCACAGAGAAGUUUCUUGGGAGGAGCAGGCAUGGUUUAUAUGGAGACAAUGUGGAGGAGAUGGACUGGAUGGUGGGUAAGGUUAUAGAUGCUAUUGACAGGGAAGGCUUGAAAAAUACUACACUAGUUUAUUUUACCUCUGAUCAUGGUGGAUGGCUUGAAAGACAAGAAGGUAAAAGGCAACUGGGUGGCUGGAAUGGAAUAUACAGAGGUGGAAAAGCUAUGGGAGGCUGGGAAGGAGGAAUCCGUGUCCCAGGGAUAUUUAGAUGGUCAGGAGUGUUAUCUGAAGGCAAAGUUAUCGAUGAACCUACAAGCCUUAUGGACAUUUAUCCUACAGUAGUUCAGUUGGCUGGAGGGGCAUUACCCCAGGACAGGGUAAUUGAUGGCAGGGAUCUGAUGCCUUUACUGCGAGGAGCAGCUGAGCACUCAGAGCAUGAGUUCCUGUUUCAUUACUGUGGUAUUCACAUACAUGCUGUGCGGUGGCACCAGAAAGACAGUGGAGCCAUCUGGAAGGCUCAUUACAUGACCCCUGUCUUCCGUCCUCUUGGAUCUGGGGGUUGUUAUGACAGAGGAUUUUGCCCAUGUUUUGGGGAAGGUGUGAACCAUCACAACCCUCCACUGCUGUUUGAUCUCUCACGAGACCCUUCUGAAGCCAAACCUCUGUCAGCUGACACUGAGCCACUCUUUAACACUGUAAUAAGUAAGAUUGGAAGAGCCACAGAAGAGCAUCGCAGGACACUGACUCCAGUCCCAGAGCAGCUCUCCGUGUACAAUGUGGUGUGGAAGCCGUGGCUGCAGCCAUGCUGUGGCACUUUCCCAUUCUGUUGGUGUGAUAAGGAAGGUGACAAUAAACUUGCCGACCUAUAAAGGAAAGAACUGGUUAUUUCCUCAAAAGAGGGUUUUGAGUGGUUUCCUUUGGGGGUGUUGAUUGGUGAGUGGGUUGGUUGGUUGGUUUAAUGGAGUCUUUAAAAGACAAUUGUUUCAGUGAAUGGCACAGUAUUUGGUAAAGGUAGCUUUAGGCUGGACACUCAGGAAGAAAUCAAGACAAAAUGAUCUGAAGAGCAUGUUUGAACUUCUGUCUGCUGACAACUGGAUGAAUAGUUCAAAUGCACUGAAACAGGCCAAGAUUAGAGCUGUAAAGUAGUGAUGUAUCAAAACUUAGGUUUUGUUGCUUAUGAAUGUAUACUUAGAAGACUUUUAUUCUGAAUUUCUAAGUGAUUCUUGGACUGAAGUCUCCCUUAAUUUUGUUUUCCUUACUGGUCAAGUAUAUGUCUCUACAAUAAAUUUUUGCAGACUACUGCUUCCAAAUAAUUUUAAAAAAAAUUUUUUGCCACAUUUCCACAGAAAAUCUUCUUUAAAAUUAGCUUUCUUCUUUCCUUGUAGCUAGUCCUUUCAGUAGCUGAUGACAGCUGAUUAGCCUGGGGCUUCUGAAUCACAAGAAAUUGCCCAGGUGAGGUGUAAAGCUUAGAAACAUGACAAGCUGAAUAAUGACUGAAGGAUGGGACUCCCCUAAUUGGGGCCAGCCACUGUUGAUGGAGAACACAAAACAGAAAGAAUUUUCUCUUUCCAAAGUACUCAUUGCACCAAGUUCCCUAAUGAGCACUGGCAAGGGCAUAGUGACAUUGAUAGCCACAGAAGUGUCACACUGAUAACCAGUUCAGUCAUUCGGGCGCAGGAAUGCACAGUUUACCUUGCUGUCCAUAUCAAAGUCAUAACUGGUUCCUGCUAACAAAUAGUAGGUUCACAAAACUAUGAAAAAAAAUGAAAUCUAAUUUACUGUGAAAGAAAAAAUAAAUGAAGAACUAAGGUAUUUCUUGUUUCAUGAGUUACAUUUUUAUCCCUAUAGAGUUACUUAGAUCUGUCUCUUUGCUACUGUUCUUUCUUUUCCUUCAUUUCUUUCCUUCUUUGUGUUAAAAUAGUUGUUCUUAUUAAAGUGGCCUUGCAGGUAACACUUUUCAUUAUAGAAUACAAGUUAUAUCUUUUGACAUAGAUACACUUAAGCUAUCAUAUCUGAAUAUGUAGGCAUCUGAGAACAGAAUUUGCUCAUUUACUCAUUCACAUGUUCUUUACUGUUUUCUAACUACUGUGUUAGGACCUAUUUCUCUUGUUUAUUUGCACUGAUGAAUGUUUGGUUUGGUUUUGUUUCCUCCCUUGCUUCCCACAAUUCAGCCAUCAGGAAAUCUGUAGAUAAACAAAGCCCUACAGCUUAAAGCAAACUUUUAUUUUAUGCUGUGACUUCAUGUGUUUCACAUACUUACCCAGAUGCUCCAUCAAUGCUAUUGAUGAGAAAGAAACUCAGUUUUACCAAGAAAACUUCAAAAAAUUAAGUGAAUCCAUCACUUCACAUGUACUGGAUUGUUACUUAAUUUCCUCCUUUUCCUCUAUUGUUAGGAAAAUGUGUUUUAUUUCUCCUUUGAAUGUGUUAUGUUUCCCUUGGAUGUUCUUGGCUAGAUUUAAAGGUUUUAUCAUAUUCAAUAUGUGUUGGUUUUUUGAUCUGAAAAUAUUACCAUUUUUCAAUUUUCUCAGUCAUUUUUCAAUGCUCAAUCUGCUUCUGAUUGUGGCAAGUGAGUCAGGAAUUGUGUGAUCAGAUCUGCACUGGGGCAAAAGGGCCAGAACUAAAUCCCUACUUUCUUCACCAAGUCUUUGCAGAGCGGAUCCUUUCCUUCAGUCUUGGUCUGUAACUCAGGAGUUUCUUGCUGCUUCCUGUGUUGCACCAUUUCCACCUAGUUCCUUCCAAGUACCUCAAAAAAAUAUCUUUCUCUUUAGUAUUUCCAAAACUUUAAUAUCUGCUCCUUGAUGCACGAAAGCAUUUUUCCUCAGGAUUGUCCUUGUCCUAAUUUGAGCUGAAAGCUCCUUCCUUCCACUUUCAUUUCUUUGUCCCACUCUUUGAGCUUCUACCAUCUUUGAUUACUUCUACCCAUUACCUCUUUGGGCAGUUCUUAGUUCUUGAGGAAAAUGGUGCAACUGCUACUGCUAUAUCCAGAUAAACAUAAGUCUCUAACGGUCUCCUUGAGACCUGUGCACUGAAGCUACUGAUGAUACAAUGAAUCUCACUGUAUCACUAUUUCGUAUUUAUCAAGAUCUAGUUAAUAAGUUCUGUAUAAACAUUGUAUUGUAUAAACAUUUCUUUUGGCCUCUGGGAAAUAGUAUAUCUACACUAAAAAUC